CAUCCACUGCCCUCCCUCCCAUCUACUUCAACCCCCCCACGCCUUCCCCCCCCUCACCACGACCAACACGACAACCAUGGCGACCAACCCGGCCAUGGCCCCUCCUCCGACGACGACCAAGCCCGCGAAGACGACGAUGCGGCACGCCGGCGACUACAAGCGGCGGCUCCCGUUCUCUCGUCGCCUGCGGCACCACAUGCGGAACACCGCGAACCUGACCGGCGAGCUCGUCCCCUUCGUUAUGGAGAAAGCGUCCUUCUCCGCUUUGCCCAACGUUGGGCGCACAGGUUUGAUCGGGGUUCGGCGCACGCUCCCAUUCCAUGAGUUUAUUGACCGCAACUUUAGGGGCAUGAUGGAAGACGUGCACGGUGCGGGGGCGGCGGCGGAGCGCCGCGGCCUCGUCAUCCGCAUCGGCAAAACGCUCGACGCUAUCCCCCUCGACAGCUUGGCCGGCGAUACUCACACCGUCGAACAGGUCUGGAUGACUUUUAAGGACGUGGAUCAGGCGUGCUACAUCGUCUACUACGAACAGGGAGGAGGAGAUGGCUGGAAGAAAUUCUUCAAGAUCAUGCCAGACGAGGAUAUGACUGGAAUGGUUAACACGCCCCGUCAGGCUCGUCGCAUCGAGAGACAGGCGCGCAUUCAAGUUCAGGCCCGCGCCGCUCGGCGUCAGGCUCUUCAAGCUGAGCUCCAGGCCCGCGCUGUGCGCCGUCACGCUCGUCAGGUUGCGAUCCAGGGCGUCGCUCAGCGUCAGGCUCAAGUUCAGGCUCGUCAGCUUAAGACCCAGGCCCAGGUUAAAGUUCAACCCCUGGCCCAGGUUAAAGUUCAGACCCAGGUUCCAGUUCCAGUUCAGGCUCGGGUUCAUGUUCUGCUCCAAGCCCGCGCCGCUCGGCGUGAGGCUAAAGUUCAGGCCCGCGCCGCUCGGUGUCAGACCCGGCAGGACUUGAAGGCGUAUAUACUGCGUUAAUACAAUAUACCUAGUCGGCAAGGACACAACGACGGAUAACCUCUACUGGACUGGACUGGCAUGUCGGCUUCUUCGUAGCUUUUUUCUAGAAAAAAAAGGACGAAAAAAGGGUUCACUUUCACUUUCACUAUUUCUAGUUCGUCUAUUUCUGGUUCGUCUGUUUUGCUCUAUUUGCUCCGUGAUUAGACCGGUUCCCGGUAAUAUGUAACACCACCCAGUGCACGCACCAGCACGCCCUCUAGGCU